AUUCAAUAUGAUUGACCAUUAAAAGUUAAGUAGCCAGUUACUGUUUUUGUUUUAUUUUUCCGCUUUACGAUGUUUUAAUCAUUAUUAUUAGUUUACUGUUUAAGUAUUGUUUUAAGUACUUUUUUUGUGUACUAUUUAAGCGUUCUUUCAAGAGUGUUGUACAGCAAUAGUAUAUUUGUAUUACACUGACGUGGACUGUAUGUAUAGACUUUUUUUCCAUUUAUUAAAAUGGACGACAAUGAUUUGGAAGUACUUGAUUGUUCCGAAACACCUCGUGAAACACCGGAACCAUCUGAACGGACGUCAAAUAUUGCUGUAGACUUGGCUAUGAGUCCAGCCAGCGUGUUGGGCAGUCGUAGACCAUCGAUUGAUGGGAUGUCCAGCACGUGUACAUCACAGUCAGAAGUACGCUCAUUUAAAGAUCGUCUCAGAGAACAUGUUAAUCAAGUCAAGGAAAGAGCCUCCAACACGGUGGUAGUGGAACAAACUAAAACUAAAGUUCAACAAAAUAUCAAACAACCUGCUGAACGUCUAGCCCAAUUGAUGAGUUCAGAAAAUCAGGCAAUUGCUGCUGCAUUAGAGAAACAUGAAAAGGAUAAGAUCAGUAAAAAUGUGGUCAUAAACAAUAUGCAAGAGAUAGAUCAUGAAAUUGAAAGCUACAAUUUUUUCACUAAAGUAUGGGAUCUUCCUUCUAAAACUGAAGAAAUACAUGAAAAAUCAGCCGAAUCUAGCGAUGCAGAAGUUGGAUUUUCCAAUGAAGAAAAUAAAAAACUAGUCACAGAAGAUUAUUUAGGACUGACAGAUGGGGAGGAUGUCGAUGUCUUAGAUCAUUCGUUAGUACCAUUUUUGGAAACAUCAAUAAAAAUAAAAGAAGCAGCUGAGAAAAUUUAUUUUAUUCCAGAUGGAUCACAAGUGGAUCUUGCAAAACGGCUGAAUUCGAGACAACCAAGAUAUCUAGAGAGAGAAGGAAUUUAUGUUGGUACAUAUCCUCCAACCCAUGAAAAAUGUCUAAAUAAACUUCAACAAAGACUUCUUAAGGCUAAUGAAUUCCAUUGGUUUGGUGAAGAUGGUGAACCAAUUAGAUUAGCUGAUCCUUUGACUAGCCCAUCUAGCAAUUUUUUAGACUCAACUGAAAACAAUGGGUAUUUGGAUAUUAAGUACAUAAGCGCAAUGCCAUUUAAGAGCCCCUACAGUUUCAACGAUGACUCCCAAGAUUCUAAAGAAAUAAAAUUUCUUUUAGAAUUAGAAAUUUCAAAAAUUCAGUUUAGUCAUCAUGCUCUUUUUAGUCGACAACAUGUUUUAGACAAGCGAUUGUUACAACUGUAUGAUAAAUAUAAGUGUCGUCAAGAUAUUGCAAGAACAAAAAUGUUGGCUGGAAGGUUGGAGGCGUUACGCAAUGCUAAAGAUACUUUGGUUAAGGUUAUGGCAGAAGAAAACAAUAAAGAUUUGCUGGAAAAUCAUGAAAAUCGUUUACAUAGGUAUAAAACAGAAAUUAAAGAAACUCGAGCUCAGAGAUUGCUGGAAGGCAAAUCUGAUCGAUCUCUAGUAUCUAAUAUUUUGGAAACUUGGAGAGACUUAAAAAAAUUAAGAGAAAGGCAAGAAUAUGUUGUUACUAGCACUAAAUUGGAAAUAAUUGUUGAUGAUCACGAUAAUACUGAGGAAUGGGAAACAGAGUUCAACAGGUUAGUAGCAGAGACUCUUGAGGAAAUGGGGGAGAAAAAAAUUGAAACUAAUAUUCCUAAAGUCCGAGAUCAGGUGUUCAGUAUUCUCUCAGAUUCAUUGAGAUCACCAGGAGAACCGAUUAUUACAUUUAUUAUGUCUAAAAUUGAACCUACUUCUGAAGAUUCUAUUACUGCAAAAGACGAGCUUCAACGAAGAUUGACAUUGUCUAAAUAUUCAAUUUGGUUUGAUGUGAUAUUCAAUGGUCAUAUAGUAUGUGAAUCUACUUUGCUACCAAUCGAUGACAGUUUUUCUGUUGAUGUUAAUCAGAAAUUUGUUGUUGAAAUUCAUCAGUGGCCUAAUACAUUGUCAUUGAACAUACAUUGCGAAAACCUCAGUUCAAAAAAUAUGUUUACAAAAAAUCCUAUAGCAGAACUUUACAUACCAUUUCCCUUGAGCAAUACUACAUUAGAUGUUGUUGAUAUAGAAAACUUGGAGUUCAGUUGUUUUGGCAAUCAGAGCUUUCAAAAUGCUGGUGUUGGUAGUGGUGUGGAAUUUAAAGUAUUUCCAGAAGACAUGGAAACUCAAUGUUUGUAUACAUCUGGUGAAGUUUUGUGUAAGGCUGGUUGGGGCACAUUUAAUGAUAAAAUAUUAUGCCCUCCUGAAAAUUACUUUAAUAGAAUUUAUUCACAAAAUACCAAUAUUUUUUCAACUAAAACAGAGAAGAUUUUGAGUUUGAUGAAUGAUUUGCAUCCAGAUCCAAACGAUCCAAACAAUGUAUCAUUUUUUGAGGCUCUAAAAAAUGUCGAUGAAGAAAUGAUUUCUAAAAUGAAUUCAAAGUUUAGUGUUAACAUAUAUAAAAAAAUGUUGGAAUUUUGUUCAGAAGAAGAAUUAGAUUCUAAUCCUAGGCUAAAGUUAUUAAAACUACGUGAUCGCGGAGAAAUAGAAUUUAGAAUGGCCAAAGCUGUUCCAUUAAAAGAAUGGCUUAUACCAAAAGACAUAUUUAAUGAAUUUGAAAAUCGUGUGGCAACUUCUGAGCUAGCACUUGAAGUUGCUGGUCUUGGACCUUUGGAAACUAGUAGAAUCUGGGGGCGUUAUUCAGUUAUCAAACUUUAUGACAAGAUCCUAAAGCAAUGUAAGCUUGGUAAUAGGAAUAAAAUAACCAGAGACAUCAUUGUUGAAGACACUGUACCUGACAUUGGAACCUUAGGUUUGACAUUCAUGAAAAUGUUUCAGCCCAAACGACCAUUACGUCCUAAAAGAAAAGAAAGAAAGAAAAUACCUGCUAAAAGCUUAUCAGGACAAGAAAUCAAAGUUGUUAUCAAUGUUAUGAGAGCUUUUGAGGUACCCGUGAGAAAAAAUUCUGAUAUGAUGAUGGGAGAUAUAGCAAUGAUUCCAGUACAGCCAUUUAUUGAAAUAUCUUUUAAGAAUCAAACAAGUAGAACAACUACAGCUGAAGGCUCUAAUCCAACAUGGAACCAAGAUUUACAACUGAUUGUGAGAUCAAAUUCAGUUGAUUUAUGUCCUAACGAAGUUCAAUCUAUUGAUGACUGCAUUCAUAUAAAUAUGUAUGAUGAAAUAGUUAUUGAUAUACUAGAAGAUGGUAGAACCCGAGAAACAAACAUACAUCAACGUUUGGAGAGACAUUGGUUAGGAAGUUGUGUAAUACCUAUAUCAGCAUUAUUCAAUAGCUCUCAAAUUGAGGGAAUAUUUCAAAUGAACACACCUAGACACCUCUUGGGAUAUGAAAGACUUGUGUCAAAUUCUGAAAGCUCUCAUUAUAGGAACUCAACUUUUCUGAGCUUAUUUAUUAUGGUCCAGCCUCCACUGCAUCAUCCUGAACCUAUUAUGGAAAGAUUGGACUGCAGCGAAUCGUUUAAUUUUGAGCGAUAUUUAGAGUAUUGGUCUGCAGAAGGGGCUAAACAGUUUCCCCGAAGGCCCGUGAAAACAUUAGUGAUACACUGCAGCGGUAAAUCUGUUUGUGUAACUAGAUUCUUUAGGCCGUUGCCGCUCCCUGUGAUUUCCGAGGACGUAACAAACACCACUGCCGAAAUGGUCGCCCGAUUUGUAUCGCUCAUACCUGUGGUCAACAGCAACGUUUUGCUCAUCGGCCGUUUUGACGUCUGGUUGACCGGAGAUCAACUGUUGGGCUUGCUGUUCGGCGGCGGUUCCGGUAUCGAUCAUGGUCUGUUGCUGUGCUGUUACUUCGCCAAGCUAAAUAUCCGGUCUUGGCUGCUGCUGGGCACCGGCGUAUCCCGGGGCGAAGCCGCUUACGUGCUAACAUCGCGCCCGGCGCCUGACCAACCGACGGCCGGGCCUGUGUACGACAUCUGGGACCCGCUCACCGGUCAGAAGUACUCUACUUGCGAUAGCUUUUCACCCGUACAGGAAGCAUACUGUUUGAUUAAUGCUGAAAAUAUCUGGCUGAAUGUCCAGUACGAGAAAUCUGUGCCCAGGACCCGGUGGGACGUGACUCAGACACGGGACUGGAACCCAGCUUUCGGUCGAUAUCAGGCGGCGCCCACGGUAGCAGGUUCCGUGCAGCCAGACACUGUGGACUAUACGCCAGCGGCCAUAGCGGACGCCCGUCUCCUGCAGGACAAGCUGGAGACUACGUUGCGGAACGCGUUGAUGAAGUGGCGGGUCAAGUCUAAGACCGUGUGGAACAGGUAUUGUGUAUCAGUGCUGCGAAAAAUCCUGCCAAACCUGGAGCGGGAGACGUGGAAUGGCGGAUGUAAGGACAUUAACGCUGUGGACAACAGUUACCUGGCCGAGUUACAACACUUGCUCGUUUCUCACAAGAUGUGUGGUUUCCCCAUCAACAGACCGUAUAGUAACACCGAAGUUUUGGUUGACGCCAUACAGUCUACGGGCAUGCACUUAAACGAAAACCCACUGGUGGAGUUCGCGUUAGCCGUUUACGUGCACCCUUACCCGAAUCAAGUUUUGUCGGUUUGGAUUUACCUGGCGUCCUUGCAACCCAGGCGUUGAUCACAUAUGGCGAUGUAUAUAAUAUGAUUUGUGAAUAAUUAGUAUAAUUAUUAUAAUAUUAGAUAUAAGAAAAAUUAUAACGAAAUAAUUGUGUUGUUCGUUCAGUAGUCACAUUUUGAAAUAAAGGUUAAUAAUAAUAUACUAUAAGAUGCUCAUCAACUUCUAUCUGCCUUUGAGUUUCACUUCAAGGAUUUCCCUUUUUGCAUUUUGAAAUUUUAUUCUUGGUAAUUUAAAAUAUCAAAUAGAAUAUCGCGAAAGGCGAAAGGUUAUAGGUUAACCUAAAUAUGU